AUGGACUGGCUUAGAUCGCCAAUCAACAAGGACGAACAUUGGCUCGAGAUCGAGUUAUUGAUACUUGCCCUCAGCACUGGCAUGAUCGAUGCAGUGUCCUAUCCCAAAUUUCACUGCUUCACAUCCAACCAAACAGGCAACACUGUCCUCUUUGCCGUCUCAGCGUUCUCAGCCUUUGGCACGCGACAAGAAACAAAUCAGCAGAUCCCAGCGCCUCAUCUUGCGGUGAGCCUGGGUUUCUUCUGCCUUGGUGUCUUCGCCGGUGGUCAGACCGCGAACGCACUCGAUAGUAAGGCAUCAAGAUGGUGGCUACUAGUCUCCAACAUCUAUACGACAGUCAUGGUCAUGCUCGCUGCUCUGCUCAACUUCGUCUUCAUUCCCUGUGACAUGGUCAACACAGCGCCAGUACUAUGUUCGCUUGGUCUCCUUGCUUUCGCCGCAGGCUCCCAGGUAGCUAUGAGCCGGCAGUUGAGCAUGCCCGAAAUCCCAACGACACAAGCUACAGCGGCGUACGUGGACCUGUUCGUGGAUCCGCUCUUCUUCGCUCCAACCGCCCGAAACCGUAGCCGCAAUAGAAGGUUGAUAUUUCUUCUGACCCUCUGCGCCGGAAGCUUCAUCGGCGGGCCAGUGUACAAGUACCACAGCUCAGCUUUGGCAAUCUUCCUCGCAGGACUGGUCAAAGUAGUAGUGACCGUAAUGUUCUUCUUCAACAGUGAAAGCGACAAAGUCCGGAUAACCUGGAGCAAUACACCGGAAGCACAACCUUGA